UGCUUCCUCGAACAAAAAGCGGAAACAAAAGAAAUCAUACAUAUCUCAAAACUAAUUUUUGUGAGCUGAGCCGAGAAACGGGUAUACAACUGACAGUGUCCAGUCGUUACAUCAUACAUAAAAAGCAGGGGGCUGACAUGGCUUUGAAAAGAAUACAGAAGGAGUUGCAUGACUUGCAAAGGGACCCUCCUGCUCAAUGCUCAGCUGGACCAGUUGGAGAGGACUUGUUUCAUUGGCAAGCCACCAUCAUGGGACCUACUGACAGCCCGUAUCAGGGAGGAGUAUUCUUCCUCACCAUCCACUUCCCCACAGACUAUCCCUUCAAACCACCAAAGGUAGCCUUCACAACGAAAAUCUAUCACCCAAACAUAAACAGUAAUGGUAGCAUUUGUCUGGACAUUCUGAGGUCACAGUGGUCCCCAGCACUUACAGUUUCGAAAGUUUUAUUGUCCAUAUGUUCUUUGCUAUGUGACCCAAACCCAGAUGACCCCCUAGUCCCAGACAUAGCACACAUCUACAAGCAGGACAAAGAAAACUUCUAGUCAAUUAUAGAAUAAACAUACAUUCUGAAAAUAGACACUCCUACCAGGGUACAACAGAUUAGCAAGAGAUUGGACUCAAAAGUAUGCAAUGUAAAGGACUGACGUUUUAGACAACG